UUGUAUGUCAGUCGCGCGCCGGCAGGCUUUGUGUUUUCCAUCACAUUCAGCGAGGCGAGCGACAAAAUGGCUGCUCCUGCAGGUCGUUUUUACAAUGAGGGUGGACGGGCAACGAAACGUCAGAAAACCGAUAACAACAACGAAGGCGGAAUCUCAGGGGACGGCUAUGAGGACCCUCACAAGACGCUGCCCUCCCCGGUGGUGCAUGUGCGGGGGCUGGUCGACGGGGUGAUGGAGGCUGACCUGGUCGAGUCUAUGCAGGAGUUCGGACCCAUCAGCUACGUGGUGGUGAUGCCGAAGAAGCGGCAGGCCCUGGUGGAGUACGAGGAUCUGAACGGCGCCUGCAGCGCGGUCAGCUACGCCACCGACAACCAGAUGUACAUCGCGGGGCACCCCGCCUUCGUCAACUACUCCACCAGCCAGAAGAUCUCGAGACCGGGGGACCCCGACGACUCCCGCAGCGUCAACAACGUGCUGCUGCUGACUGUCAUGAACCCCAUCUACCCCGUGACCACGGUGAGGAACACGCUGACUGACACACACACACACACACACGUCUACCCCGUCACCACGGUGAGGAACACGCUGACUGACACACACACACACACGUCUACCCCGUCACCACGGUGAGGAACACGCUGACUG